ACGGGGACGUACCGUUACAUGGCACCUGAGCUUGCCGAUCGCGCUUGUGCUCCCAAUGAGCAGACAGACGUGUACAGCAGUGCGAUCAUCAUGUGGGAGAUCUGCACGGGCAUGAUGGCGUUCUCUCAUGCCAUCCACCUGCUGGCCGAUGAGAAUGUGAGGAAAUUUCUUCGACCUCCUGUUGAUAGGAUUGGAUGGGUGCCGCUGAUCAACGUGAUUGAAGCUGCUUGGCAUCAGGAGCCCUCUCGACGUCCGACAGCCUCAAUGAUUUGCGAUCAACUUCAAGGGCUGAUCAAGCAA